UAACUGCUAUGAAAACAAUUAACUUGUUCUCAGGCAGUGUGUCAUUGAUGUCAUCUUUUGCAAUCUCCUUCUUCACAAAUGUCUAUGAAUAGACUGGUGCGGGGUGUUCCCAUGCAUAUGUCUAAAUGAUCUCCACCUGAGCACGAGUUUAUACACUGGUGUCGAGUUAAUGGCUAAACUGUAUUUGUAAUUUUCUCCCCUGGGUCGGGUUGUGAUUUCACUCUGUUGAUUGGUAUAAAACAUGAAGACUCACAAAGGAUAAUGUUUUGUCCUACUUCCUCACCAAUCCAUGAAAUCACUCAAAAUCAUUUAUUGAAUUUUACUUAAUAAUGACUAAACAUAGCACCUGUAUACACACAAUGAUGACCAUUACUCAUUUAGGGAAGCCUACACAAGGCAAGCAGUUACCUAGCCCUUUUAUAAAUGUAUAGCAAUACCAAAGCUAGACAACAUGGAGAAAUGAUAUUAUCAAAUACUAAAAAAUAUAAUGGUGCUAUAAUUAGUAAUACUUUAAUUAAACAUGUAAUGAUUAUUUAUAUUGUACGAUUCAGUAGUUUGCAAACCGCUUGCAUAAUGAUUCUCAAAUUUAGUCAGUGUCUGUAUUUUCCUAUAUUGCAUGCAUGUACUGAGCAUAAUACACUCUGUGAGCACUUCAUUCGGUAUUUAUUAGACAUAUUUUUUAGACUUAUUAGUCUUCCGCUCACCGUAGCCUAUCCACUUUGAGGUUUGAUGCAUUGUCUAUUCAGAGAUGCUCUUCUGCAUACUGCUGCUGUAAUGCGUGGUUAUUUGCGUUACUGUCACCUUCCUGUCAGCUUUGACUCAUUAACAAUAAGUUAUGUCCCACAGAACUGUUGUUCACUGUUUCACACCAUUGUCUGCAUUAUCAAACUCUAGAGACUGUUGUCCGUGAAAAUUUCUGAGAUACUCAAACCACCCUGUCUAGCACCAAAAAUCAUUCCAUGGCCAAAGUCACGUAGAUUGCAUUUCUCCCACAUUCUGACAUUUGAUCUGAAUUUUGUUUCUGCCACGAUUGGCUGAUUAAAUAUUUGCAAUAACAAGCUGAUGUAUAGAUUUACCUAAUAAAGUGAUCACUGAGUGUAUAUGUUACCCACUGUUCAAAUGAGAUAAUCAGUUUGUUCAUUCUGAUUGAAAUGCGUAAAAAAGACUCCAGCCAGCUAUUCUCUGCUUUUGCAGUUUAUAUAGGAGUUUAUGGUGUGAACAAGGUGUUAGAUAUAAUCUUGUGCAGAACACAGGAAAUCCGUUUCCUGACAAUUAACAACUGAAUUGAACCACAGACAGUGAGAGAGCAGUCAUGAAUUUGUAUCUCUUACACUUGAUGAACCUUAGUGAAUUUUGUACCCAGUAAAAACACAACUAGGAAAAGUAAUCAUCAUGCUUUCCCAUCCACAUGUUUAGCAGCUGGCCGUACCUUUGAGCAAUGGCUAAACGUGAACCCCGCAUGCACACAAUGCAUAUGAAGAAGAAAAUCACUCUUUGUGGGUGGCUGGGUAGUAUAAUGGGUAGAAAGAACUGCAAUUGUGACCUGAAGGUCACAGAUUAAAUUCCCAGAUUGGUCACUGUCAUUAAGUGAGGUACUUAAGGUCAAGAACUACAGGUUUGGGGUUUUGAGCUCCAUAUACCAAUUCUGAGGUAUUCUGAUAUCAUGCUUCAUUAUUCCCCUAGUUUAGUAAAAAUACUCAUCAUGUUAUUUUUGAUUAUUAUUUGCCACUUAUACCAUGUUCACAUAGCACAUGGCCUGUAGCGUAGUGGUUAAGGUAAAUGACUGGGACACACAAGGUUGGUGGUUCUAAUCCCUGUGUAGCCACAAUAAGAUCCACACAGCCAUUGGGCCCUUGAGCAAGGCCCUUAACCCUGCAUUGCUCCAGGGGAGGAUUGUCUCCUGCUUAGUCUAAUCAACUGUACAUCGCUCUGAAUAAGAGCGUCUGCCAAAUGCCAAUAAUGUAAUGUAAUUUCAGCCAUUUUCUCAAAAUGAUAUAUUUUCUAUACUUCAGGCAGGUAUCUCAACUUUAAAAGUAGCUAUAGCCACAUAAUUUCAAAUACAACUAAACGCUUUAAAAAGUUGCAAAUACAGAAACAUUUUGUGAUAUGUUUUGUUAUUUUCAUUUUACGUGCUAUCCUGAAAUGGAUCAGCCCUUGUUAUGCAUAAUCGAUCUAAAUGAACCUUCUUUGCGGACAAAUAGUCAUCUGGAACAAUCAAAAAUAUGUCCCUGAAAAAAAAAAAAAAACUGAAAACCCCAGAAAGUGAACUAUCCCUUUAAUGCAGAGCAGAAACAUGGGGUCACUGGGAAGCCUGUGGGAGAGUGAUGACUGAUGACUUUGAGCAAUAAUCCUAUAAAACAAAUGCCCUGGUAGAAUGCAUAGAAAACAUCAGGUAAAUCUGGUUGAAGCACUAGAACAGUUGUGAUGUACUUAAUGACCUUGUGUGGUUGUAAAUCAGUUAGUCGUGACGCAAUUAUAAUGUGGGUGUUUUUCACAUUUGAACAAGAUGAUGAUGUCUUUCUUCCGCUCUCCGCUCUUCUUUAUUUCCGUAGUCAUGGAAACGACUGUGCUGGAUUCCACAUUGGUUGGAGCUCUUCUUGUGGUGCCUGUUGUCCUCCUGACAGGACUGUGUUUGAGCUGCAGAAAACACUCACACACUUCCAUCCAGCAGAAUUAUGAUGUUGAUGAUGACACUCAGUAUUUUCCAGCAGGAUCCGGAGGAUUUCGUAUAGUGCGACCUGCAGCCGCCUAUCAUUGGAUGCCCAGUUCUCCCUGCCUCCACCAAUCCCUUCAACAUGAGUGAGAGCUCGGGACACUCCUCCCACCUUCUGUCUCCCAUUUCUCCCCUCUUGCACCAGAGUCGCCACUCCUCCUUCGUUCCAACUGAAGAUGGGAGUAUUCCCAGCUAUGAGAACCAGGAAUCGCCUCAUGGUGUCUAUGUUGAUGACAAAGAAGAUGAUGAUGCACCAGGGUACAUAGAGGUGCUGCCAGAUCCCCCUGUCUGCAAGUCUGUGUGUGCAUCCCAUCAAAGCCUUGCAUCUGUACAGAGCUCAGGUACUGGUGAAUUGGACUAUGUAAACGUGGAUUCUGAUACAGCGAGUGAGAAGAAUUAUAUCAAUGUGAAAGAUGAGCCUUUUGGACUAUUUCCAGAUGAUAUCCUAGCCAGUCUCCCAGCUUGUGCCAUCAAGCCCCUCCAGCUGGUCCAGAAUGCUGCAGCCCGCCUGAUCACCAGUCGGCCCAGAUCGGCUCAUGUCACCCCACUCCUCAUUGGCCUCCACUGGCUUCCUAUUGCCACACGCAUCCGAUUGAAGGCCCUAGUGUUGGCAUUUCAGGCUGCUAAGGGGACUGCCCGACCUUACACGGUCGAGCUGCACGUUCACGCCUGUUUUCCGUUCCGGUUCCUCAGUGGUGGAAUGACUUGCCUACCACUGUCAGGACAGCAGAAUCCCUCCCCCUAUUUCGACGCAGACUAAAAACACUCCUUUUCAAACUGUACCUGAGUCCUACCUCCUGAUUUACCCCCCCUUUCUGAUAUCCUUAUCCCUCUUGUCUAACCCCAAAAAAAUAAUUGCACUUAUGACCGCUGUAUGUUUAGAAGAGCACUUCAUGUGUUUUUUACUAGUUAUGGAUGUGUUGCUUGUUAGUCGCUUUGGAUUAAGCAUCUGCCAAAUGACUAAAAUGUAAAUGUAAAUGAUAUUUUGCCAUAAUAUAAUGGACCACACAGACCUUUUUAUUUCUGGUAAUGAAUUCACCAAAAAUGUACAUUAAAAAAACUCAAAAUCUUUUCAAAUACAAUGCCACAGUUACUCACAAAUGUCAACAGAGAUCCAAUUCACAUUUUACUCCAGAACUAUUUAUUCUAUUGCAAGCAGAAGAACACCAGUAUUGUUAAAUAUUUUUUGGAAAAACUUUGUCACAUCUCAGUGAAACUAUCUGGAUGUAUAGUAUUAUAGGUAAGUGGACACAUACUUAAUUUCAUUUUUGGAUGAACAUCCUAUUUGAGGCAACUAGCCACUGAACCAAGCAGGAACUGAAGAUGGCCUGGCAGAGCAUCACCAGAGAAGAUGGCACCUGAUGAUGUCAAUGGGUCACAGACACUUAUUGCAUGCAAAGAAUAUGUGAUAAACAUGACUACUUUCAUUUACAUAACAUUAAUGGUGCCCUGAAAUGAGGGAGAGGGGAUAUGUGUAUAAACUGUUUUCAGUUCUUCAAAUAAAUGCUGUAACUAAUAUAAGUUGAGAAUGUGCACUUAAAGCACCAGCAAGACCCCUCUGUUCUGCUACUUUGUGCCAUCUGGCGCCUCCCCCUCGCCACACCUGCACUUCUCGCUCAUGACUGCUGUCUGUCCUGGUCCCACGGUGGUGGAAUGACCUCCCGGUGGAUGUCAGAAUGGCAGAGUCUCUGACCACUUUCAAGGGCAGACUGAAGACUCAUCUCUUCAGUCUACACCUUUCCCUCCCUAACUCACCACCAUGAUUAGCCUUAUAUAUGCCAUAGACUAUAAUUGCACUUAUAUAGUUGUAUAGAUAUUGUUGUUUUUUUUUCUAUUAGCUAUUGUAUUGUUGUACUCGGGGUA